AUGUCGCCCUCCUACACUAUGAUAGGACCUCGCAAUCCAUGGUUGAUUGGUUUUGGUGAGACACCACCAGAUCCUACGCGAAUGUUGACGUAUAACGCCACUCCACAAAAACACAGGCCUGCCAACAGUGACGGGAAGAAAAUUCCGCCAUCCAACCUAGAGGACCACUGUGAUGCAUACAAUUUUAGGUACCCGUGCUGCCUGUGUGCCGAUGGUGGUGGAAGAGGGGCGUAUGUAGAGUCUGCCGUGUACUCUUGGUGGAAUAAGGAUACCAAGAAGGCUGAUUGGACUCCACCUGCCAGUAUCCUCGAAGAACACCAAAGUUUCACUGACUGGAUGAAAAAGAGCGGGAAAUACUACCUGUUGAACUCCAGUGGACCCACAAAGAGCAAAUAG